AGUCGGUCUCAGGUGUUCAAAAAUACAGAAUCACCUCGCAUGAAUUGUGAAUACAUUUCGACGCGCCGCAAGCCUUCGCACAUCUAACAGCGCGCGCGCGUGCGUGUGAGAGAGACAUGAGAGUCGUUCCUCAUUGGCCAAAGGCGGCGCUGGCUCGAAUCUGAUUGGAUGUCUGGAGGGCCGCCGAGGCGUGGGAGUGUUCGCGCACGCGAGUGUGUCAAACACUUUUCUCUUUCGGCCGCUCGAAUGGUUUUCCAGCCGGGGCGAGAGCGAGCCCCGCGCACUCUCCAUCCACACACCAUGGCGGGGCCGAGGAGGUCGCGGGAAGGUGCGAACCCGAGUGUUGGGAAAUUAUGAAUCUUGUAAACUUUGGAUUCUACCUGAGGACCGGAGAAGAACCCUCGCCGCGAGCGAUGGAUCAUCACUAAGGCUCCCAAACUGAUCUGCAGAGCAGAACUGAUCAGACCCGGUAAAUAUGCAUCAGCUCUUCACAAUCUCAUCCUCCCACACAGGCUGCACUGAUUUGGUUUAUAGAAUUGUGUAUAUAUAUAUAUAUGUGUGCACUGCACGAUCGAAGCCAGCCUGUCACAGUAACCUACUUUACGGUUGCCGCACCACCCCUGAGCAUCCGAGUUGCAUUUUCCCUCCUCUCACCCUAACUUGAUGGUGCCGGAGAAAAUGAUCUCGGUACACGUCACUCAUCUGCAUAGGGAGUAAAAUGCAACCAUCCUGCGAGGCUGCCUUGUUUUUUUUUCCUUUUCUUUUGCGCCCCGAAACGGUCUCCGUGCUCGACCCCGCGACAGAAGGAAGCGACUAAUCGCUGCAUAGGCGAAACUACAAACAUGGCAGGGGGAGGAUGCUACUAGCGUCCGCCGUGGUGGUAUGGGAAUGGCUGAACGAGCACGGACGCUGGCGGCCCUACAGCCCGGCGGUCUGUCACCACAUCGAGGCGGUCAUCCGGAGCGACCCGCGGUGUGGUAGCGUUGUCCUCGGCCAGGUGGACCCUCGCCUCUCGCCCUACAUCAUCGAUUUGCAUUCCAUGCACCAGUUCCGACAAGACACAGGUACCCUUCGACCGGUACGACGUAGCUUCUACGACCCCACCUCAGCGCCAGGCCAGGGCUGGUUGUGGGAGUGGGAGAACGACGCUGGCAGUUGGACGGCGUACGACACAGAGGUGGGCAUCGCCAUCCAGGCGGCACGAGAUCGUCAGCAGCCCUGGCUGGACCUGGCGCCGCUGGGUUUCUGCUACCUCAUUGACUUCGAAAGCAUGACCCAAAUCAACGGGCAGACACAACGCUGCCGGCGCAUCCAGUGCCGCUCCGACCUGGCAUACCCGCUGGUGUCCGGGCCCCUGCCCAGGUCCCACCAUGCCUGGGGGCCCACAUCAAUGCCGAGCCACGGAGGACUACUUGGUGUGGAUGUAUCUGGAGUGGGCAUGGGGCUCAGGAUGAGCAGCAGCGGGACUGGAAAUGGGAGUGCGUACCCCAGCGGAGCCCUCCCUGCGUCGGCCAUCACCUCUCUGGGACAGCCCUGCGCCUGUCAGCAGUGUAUGCUGGUGCUGAGUGUCAAGGCGGGCACCAUGUCAGCUGCUCACACCCUGGGUCGACGGCCGCCGCAGUUCAAACCGCCUAGUCCCAAAAUCAUCAGUCACCAUGUCCCAGGAGGGUCGUACUCACUCACCCUCCCUCGGCCACCCUCCCUGUCCCGAUCACUUUCCCCAAACAGGACGUCUUUUGUUGGGGCGACAGGUGGCUUCGGUGGAAUGGGUGGUGCAGGAGGUGUGAGUAUCGUCGGUGGCAGCGGUGUUGGCGGCGCCAGCCUUGGCUAUGGAGGAGGCUUCGCCCACUCUCUUUCCCUCCUCGGCUCAGCCACCGCAGCCCUCUCCAUCUCCUCCACCCGGCCCCCUCCUCCCCCUCUCCCCCCACCUCCGCCGCCUCCUCCACCACCCGCCACCUCAUCCUUGUCUGUCGCCACCUCUCCCCCUCACCCCUCCACCUCCUCCUCCCUCGCCGCUUCCUGUUCCGCCCCUACGCCGCCCGCCCCGGGCCCUGUGCUAAUCUCCACGUCAGCCUCCACCUGCACGCCCUCGCCUUCUGCCCGCGUCCUGGGUCCGGUGUCUUCGUCUGCUGCUGCCGCCUGCGCCGCGCCUCUGCCGCCCCGGUCCAGCCUGGCAGGUCUGAGCCGCCCCGCGCUGCAGCGUAUUGCCAUGGCUCAGUCGCGUGCCCUGAUUGCCUCAGGUGUGCCAACAGUUCCGGUGAAGAACCUGAAUGGAUCUAGCCCUGUGCAUCCUGCACUGGCAGGUAUUACAGGCAUCCUGAUGAGCGCAGCAGGGCUUCCUGUCUGCCUGACCCGGCCGCCCAAGCUGGUGCUUCAUCCUCCACCCGUCAGCAAGAGCGACAUCAAGCCCGUGCCCGGUCUGGGCCACUGCUGCCGCAAGACUACCAAAAAGCAGGCCCGUAAAGGCAAGACCCCUGAGGAGGUGGUGAAGCGGUACCUUCAGAAAGUUCGUAAUCCCCCGGAGGAGGACUGCACCAUCUGCAUGGAGGCCCUGGCAGGACCCUCGGGCUAUAAGGGCCCCGGCGUGGGCGGUAUCUCCCGGGCGGAGUCGGUGGGCCGCCUGGCACAGUGUGGCCACCAGUACCACCUCCAGUGCCUUGUUGCCAUGUACAACAACGGCAACAAGGACGGCAGCCUGCAGUGCCCGACCUGCAAGACCAUUUACGGCGUCAAGACCGGCAACCAGCCGCCGGGCAAGAUGGAGUACCACGUCAUUCCACACUCGCUGCCCGGCCACCCCGACUGCAAGACCAUCCGGAUCAUUUACAACAUCCCUCCUGGCAUCCAGGGCCCAGAGCACCCAAAUCCAGGCAAACCCUUCACCGCCCGUGGGUUCCCCAGACACUGCUACCUCCCUGACAGCGAGAAGGGACGCAAGGUGCUGAGGCUGCUCCUGGUGGCGUGGGACCGCCGGCUCAUUUUCUCCGUCGGCACGUCCAGCACCACCGGCGAGUCCGACACGGUCAUCUGGAACGAGGUGCACCACAAGACGGAGUUCGGCUCCAACCUGACUGGCCACGGGUACCCCGACCCUGGCCACCUGGACAAUGUGCUGGAGGAGCUGAAGGCCCAGGGCAUCACCGAGGAGGAGUGUCUACCCAGAGACUGAGCAGAGACACGCGAGACACUGAAGACACGGGAUUCCCGGCCGCAGUCUGCAAACACACGAUGCUGGAAAAGGGAUCCGAAGUCGGGACACACAACUUGUUGUCAUGAUGUGACGGAACGGAACAGAGAGAAACUUUCACCACCAGAGAUGGGGAAACAGCUUAAAAAAAAACUAAAGUAUUCACAGGAACAUUACAGAAAUAGUUUCAGCAAAACUUGCCGAGUUUAAAAAUUCUCCCAUGACUGCAUGAGUCAGUAUUGAAACGGGGGGAAUCAUUUUUCUUUCCUGACGCAGUAAUGGUUAUUCAGUGAGACAUUUGAGACCACGGUGCACAUAUGAGUCAGUGUUAGAUAAAAAAAAUAUUUAAAAAAUCACUUGUCAUUUCUACUGUGAGACUUCUUAUCAAGAAUGUAACUAAGUCAAUCUUGCUGAACUGAAGUGUUUACCACUGCUACUGCUGCUAUGUGGAAUUGAAGGAGGUUAAAAUGAAGUUUAGAAAAAAAAAAAGUGUGGGGUCUGUAACCUUUGUAAGUGUUAGUCCACAAGCAGAAAUAACUUUUCGCAGCAGAUAAAUAUUUCAAAUGUAUAACUGGAUAUCUGAGCAUGGACAUUUGCUGACCUCUAGUGGUACUUUUUAAGAACUACAUUCCUUUUUAGGUUUUUUGAUUUUUGAUUUCUAUUAAUGUAUAAUAAUGAAAACUUGAUAUAUUAUAUCAUAUUGUUUCCAUUCUGUCAUGUUUUACAUUGACAUUUUUUUUAAAUGGUGUGUUUCAUUGCAUUGUUUUUGGGUGUUGUGAGACGGACUGAGCAGCUGGUGUACCUGAGUUUGCCUGACACUUUAUUUGCUCUUUACCAAGCACCUUCCUUGAAAUAUAAUUUUCAGUAUUUUAUAUUUGAUAGGUUGAGAAAAUUGACAUUCCUUAAUAGUUCUGCCCCUCAGCGCAUGGGUGCAUUGAAAAGCUGAUGUGAAAGACUGAUGGGAGGAGGAAAUGCCCAGAAACGCUCGGAUCGAACCGCCUGCCUGAGCUCAGAAUUGCACAGAGAGGAAAUGGACAACGUGUAUCUACUGUACUUUUGUGUAUGACACUACAAAAAGGCUGUCAUCAGUUGUUGUUGUUUUUUUUUUGUUGUCAUGUUUAGUGUUCGUUCCAUGAGCAGGUGCAAAAGACUAUCUCUUGUCGUGGAUGCAGCUUUGGCCAAAGUGGUCCAGUCGGUUUGCAUUCGGCCCGGUGUGGACCGGUUUAUUAUGAGGUACGUCAGACGAGACCAGUAUGUGUUGACAUACUAACGUAGGCCAACAUUAAAAGCAUUUAUACUUUAUGAUACUUUACGUAUGCACUGUACUGUAUGUUUGUGUUUUAUGUGCACAAAUUUGCAUUAAACGUUUUUUAUAAGGUUCAAACAUAACAGAACCCUCACUCUG